CGAAGCAGGGAUGAGUUUCUCGCCUGCAUCGGGCCAUGUCAGGUCUAGUACACCUCACCCAGGCAAGCCUCAUUGGGUGCGAGGUAAACUCGAUCAACAACUGCACCCGAGUUCGAUUGCAAGGGCGAUGGGGAAGAAGUUGUUGUCCCUUGCUCAUAGCUCGGGAGACAAGUUCGAUUGCAAGGGCAAUGGGGAAGAAGAUUUCGUCCCUUGCUCGUAGCUCGGGAGACAAGAAAAAAAAACAUUGCUCUUAUAAGAACGUGUUUGACCAGCUCCUUGAGUGGAGUGCUGCCCACGUUGAUGAGCUUAUGUCGACGUACGGCCCGAGCGAGCAGUCGUCUGCCCAUGGAGGUUCUUGCAGCCGGGGGUCGGCGUCAACCGUCACUCCGCGAUCGCGAGGUGGUAGACCUCGGAGUAAUGCUUUGAGGUGGCGCGAUGGCAAGGACGGAUUUGUGGAUAUUGAUCCGAGGUUUGAGAGGUUGACGAUGAGGGACCCCAUGGCUAUGUGGGAUGCACCGGUAAGACCCGAUGUCGUGUUUCUUAAACUGGUGAAACUUCUCCAGAUUCUCGGCAUGUUCGAGAAAUCGUGUCCUCAGCAUGGGAAAGAGGUGGAGGUGACGAUCAAGAAGAUACGUUAUCCUUCUCACAUUUGUAAGUUGCAAUUCGAGUGUGGGAAAGGGUGCUCGUGGCACCUGAGUUCCGCGAAGGUUAUUGCUGGUGGAGUGAGAGAUUCGAGGGUGGAGACUCAAUUGUUCCACUCCACUGUGGCUGUGGGGAUGACGUACACUCAACUGAACAACCUCUUGCUGGGCCCGGGGAUGAAAAAGGUUAGGAAAGAAACAUUCCACAAUUUUUUCCGUGAUGAAGACAAAGGUUCGCGACUGUGGCUGCGGCAUGUGGAACGAGGUACCCAAAAGAGCUUCGAAAGGCUAAUCGCACGUCUGCGUAGAUCUAACGAUCCAAUUGUCAUUUUGGUCGAUGGGCGUUACGAUUCGUCUCGUGAUGUGCAACAUUGUACAGUGUCGACGUUGAAUUUGAAGUCUGGGAUGAUCGUGGGUACAAAGACGAUGGUGAGGGGGGGCGAGUCAUCAUGGCGGCUGGAAACACAGUGUGUGGAUAAACUUCUUCAUCGGUUGAAGGACGAAAACAACCUGAUAAUCGUCGACGUUAUGCAGGACGAUUGUGGUGCGAUUGACGUCAUCUUACAACGAAUGAACAUUGACUCGCAGAUGUGUAUGUGGCACAAAGCCAAGACUUUGGUGAAACGCUUGCGAGAGGCUGUGCAUGCCGCGAAGACUGUCAAGCCAUCUGUAGUAGGCGCUUGCGAACACGUGUGCGAGGUGAUGUGUUUCACGAAGUGGGAGCUUGAAGUUUGGCUCGAUACGAAAGGUGUGCGUGUGCUUGGGGUGGCUACGAAAAAGAAGGGCGAGCUCGUUGAAAUAGUAUGGGGUGUGCUCUUUCCCAAUGAAGCAGGGAAGUCGUUGCCAGAUGACGUCGUUGAGAUCGACGCGUUGGAGGCCUUGCAUUGUAGUGCGGCGGAGGAGGCGAAGGAAUGGUUGUAUAGCGCUUGCAGUAUGUGUGAACGGGUGGGGGAUGACGACGACGAUGUGUUGGCCUCGCAUGGGAAACGCCUGGCCAAUCAUUGGGCUGGGGAUCAUUCCCUCUGCGAUAAGGAGUUGUCAAACCUUUGCAAGACGACCGACGGUUCGGACAGAGAGCCAUUGUACGAGGCUGGGGGUCGGGUUCAUGUGGCCAUUGGUUGAUGUUUGCAGCAAUUCGCUUCCAACACGAAGAUGGCAUACUGCACACGAGUGAGGAUGACUUUCAACAACGAGUGCUUCCACUCUGUGAUCAACAAGUACUGCACGAAAUGAUUGAACUUCUCAAAGUCCUACGAGGCGCGAGUUUGUUGCACAGCGUUAGAAUGAAACAAAAACAAACGA